AUGUCGGAGAUACUCUCCAAUCAGUUGGUGCUGCAGCACUCGAUCCAGAGAGCACUGGACAACUUCAAAAGGCUUGGCAAGGGAAAUCUGACAGCGGCAAAGAUUCGCUCACGAAUCGCUACUCUCAAGGACAAUUGGCGGCCGUAUCGAGAAAACCAUGGAAUACUCCUGCAAGCGAUUCCGGCUUCCACCCAGGCUUCCACGGAAUAUUUCGUCAAAGGUCAUUUCGACAAGACUGAGGAGGCAUACAAUCUGGCGCUGGAAUACAUGACGGAGUGCUUGGAGGAGCUCGAGCCGGUCGUGAGUCACAACCAAUCCAUCGAGAGCACACAUAUGACCGCGUCUUCUGACGCGUCCGCGUUGUCUAUUUUGAGUUUGCCGACCAUUCGAUUGCCACCGUUCGACGGCAAUUACGCGGAAUGGGAAACUUUCCGCGAUCGUUUCACUUCGCUUAUAAUUCAUAAUAAAGAUAUUACGGAUUUUGCCCGCAUGCAUUAUCUUUCGUCGUCAUUAAAGGGUUCCGCGCUCGAGUGUAUUAGUAAAAUUAAAAUUACUGCGAAUAAUUUCAAUACUGCGUGGAAGACGCUAACGGCGCGAUUCGAGAGUAAAAGACGAACGCUUUCGUCUCUUCUAUCGACGUUACUCGGCCUGCCGACUCUGACUCGUGAGUCCGCGUCCGACCUCCAAUCGCAAUGCGACAAAGUAAAUCUCGCGCUCGCGUCAUUAGAAAAACUCGAUCGCUCUGCGAGCGAUCUAUGGGAUGACAUGCUUGUCCAUCUUAUGUCGAAUCGCUUGGAUCCGGUCACGCGUAAGGCGUGGACGCUUCACACGAGUGGCGUCGACGCGCCGCCAACUUACGAGGCGUUAAAUCAAUUUCUGACGUAUCGCAUCCGCGCGUUGGAAGAAUGUUCGCUGAGUUCCGCUACGAAGUCGUCGAAGCCUGCGGCGUCUUCGCGCGUUCACGUCGCGACCGCGUCCGACGGCGCAACGUCUGCUUGCCCGUUGUGCAAGGCCCGUCAUUAUUUGAAUGCGUGCCCUGACUUCAUAUCAAAAAAUGUCAAUCAGCGACGCGAAAUGGUCAAGCGCUUCAAACGCUGCUUUAAUUGUUUAAGCAGCCGUCACGCAGCUCCGGACUGCAAUAGUAAAUAUAGUUGUCGGUCAUGCGCUCAGCGACACCAUUCGAUGCUACAUAGUGACGCGGAUUCGAGUUCUGACUCUAACGCCGUCGCCGCGCGCAAGGCGCAACCUUCGACUUCGUCCGCCGCCGCGGGCGAAGUACACUCUAUGCUCGCGUCUACAACGUCGAGCCUUAAAUCGCAAAUUCUUUUGGCGACCGCGUGGGUCAGGAUUCGGACCGUGUCUGGCCGUUCCGUCACAGUAAGAGCUCUGGUCGACCAGGGUUCCGAAGCCACAUUCAUAUCAGAAAAUCUUGCUCAACUAUUGCGUGCGAAGCGGAUCCGAAUGUCGGUCGCAAUUUCGGCCGUCGGUGGCAUCGACGUCGGCACGGUUCGACAUGCUACCUCCAUUCUUAUCUCUCCCCGGGAUUCGGAUUCGCCGUCGCUGUCGACGACCGCGCUCAUUUUGAGUUCUCUCACUUCAUACGCGCCAAAACGCAUGUCGGAUCUUGCGGCGAUUAGGCACCUGUCCGGAAUUAAAUGGGCGGAUGCUGACCCGACAAGCUCCGACCCGAUUAACGUUAUAAUCGGUGCGGACGUAUACGGCGACUUAAUUCAGGAAGGAAUUCGGAGAGGAGAGCGCGGGCAACCCGUCGCGCAGAACUCAAUUCUCGGGUGGAUAGUCUCCGGGCCGCUCGCGCCCGAUUCGCAUUCGCCCCGCGAAACGACCAACAGUUCAAACGUUUCGCUCUCUUCUUUUCACGUCGCGGCGCAUCAUUGCUCGCCCUCUCCGUCUCUCGAUGAAGAGCUACGACGGUUUUGGGAGAUCGAGGAACUCCCUCAAUCUCAUACCCUCACUCCGCAAGACAAUCAAUGCGAAUCUCAUUUUCGCGCUACUCAUUCGCGAUGUUCGGACGGCAGGUAUAUUGUACGACUGCCCUUCAGACAGGGCCCUCCGAUUGAUAUCGGCCGUUCGCGCCCUUCUGCCGAACGCCUGUAUCACUCGUUAUCGCGGCGGCUCCGCUCGCAGCCCGCACUCAGGCGCGAGUACGAAGAAUUCAUGCGCGCGUAUGAAGAGCUCGGGCACAUGCGUCGGGCGUCCGCCCCUGAGGGCUCACCUGAUCAACGCGUGUACAUCCCGCAUCAUCCGGUAUUCCGGGCGGAUAGUGCCACGACACACUUGCGCGUCGUUUUCAAUGCGUCGAGCCGUACAUCGAACGGAUCGUCGCUGAAUGAAUUUUUGCUUGCCGGGCCGAAACUGCAGACGGACUUGCCUAUCGUCAUAUUGCAAUGGCGUCAUUUUAAAUACGUCUAUUCGGCGGACAUCGCUAAGAUGUAUCGCCAGAUCUUGGUUGAUCCACGCGACGUCGAUUAUCAGCGCGUCUUGUGGAAUGACGAUCUCGCGGAGCCCCUCGACUAUCAGCUGCUGACUGUCACUUACGGGAUGAAAUGCGCUCCGUUUCUCGCGCUGCGCGUAAUCAAAUGCCUGGUCGACGACGAGGGGCAUCGGUUCCCGCUCGCGGCUCCGAUUUUGCGCGAUCAAAUUUACAUCGACGAUGUAUUAUUCGGCGGGGAUGACCUCACUCAUCUGCGGACGGUCCGCGAUCAGCUCGUAUCUUUGUUGCGGUGCGGUCGUUUUGAGUUGCGUAAAUGGUCGAGUAAUUCUCCUGCGCUCCUCGCCGACAUUGAUCCUGAGGAUCAUGGUUUGGCCUGCGACAAACAAAUCGCGAUCGAUGACAGGGUUAAAAUCCUCGGUAUCGUUUGGAAUCCCUCGCGCGAUGUUUUUCAGUUCAAGGUAACUCUCGCAGAUCCGUUGCCUCGAAGUAAACGCGCGAUUCUUUCCACGAUCGCUAAGCUGUACGAUUCAUUAGGCUGGGUUACGCCUGUCACCAUUACCGCUAAAAUUCUUAUGCAGCAACUUUGGCGUCUCCAAACCUCGUGGGAUGGGGACAUUCCGGAGCCUCUACUCGGACAGUGGAAGGUACUCUACGCUCAAUUUUCAAAACUUAACGAUAUUCAAAUUCCGCGGUGGUCGGGCGUCCACGCGGAUAUCGUACAUGCGGAGCUCCACGGUUUCGCCGACGCGUCUAGUCUCGCAUACGCGGCUUCCGUAUAUCUGAAGGUCGUUACCGUCUCUGGCGAUACUACGCUUUCUUUGCUUGCUGGCAAAUCAAGGGUGGCGCCGAUUGCCCCUCUUACUAUCCCGCGACUUGAAUUGUCGGCUGCCGUACUUCUGGUUCGUCUCAUGCAGUUCGUUCGCAAAUCUCUCGCUGACCGGGCUACUCCUUGUAUUUGCUGGACUGAUUCGACGAUCGUUCUCGCCUGGGUACGCGCUCACCCAUCUCGGUGGAAAACGUUUGUCGCCAACCGAGUUCAAGACAUUCAAUCGCGAUUGCCAGACGCUGAGUGGCGGUACGUGCCUACGCUAGACAACCCCGCGGAUUGCGCGUCGCGAGGACUACCCGGCAACGAGCUUCGCGAUCAUUCGUUGUGGUGGCAGGGACCACCCUGGCUUCAAUUCAACAGGGAGAAUUGGCCUCCGGAGCCUGUCCCUCGCUCUGCUGACGCUCUUACCGAAGAGCGAAUUACUGCACUUCUUAUUUCUGAGCCCGCAGAUCAAUGGGAUCUUGCUUCCCGAUACUCGUCGUGGCCUAAAUUAAUUCACGUAACGGCGUACAUUUUUAAAUUUAUAACCGCCUGUCGCGUUCGGAACGCUUCGAAUCACCCGGUAGCUCUCACGGGUGUCGCUCUCUCGUCAAACGAUUGCCAUUUCGCCAGAACGUUCUGGAUAAAACGAAUCCAGGCGGAGCUAUUCACGGACGAGAUGCGUCUGCUAAACAAAGGUCAGACCAUCUCACGAUUGUCGUGA